GUGAGCGUAGAUCUUGGCUGGGGUUCGAAAAUCAGUUGCUGAUCGUCUGCCUUGAUGAUCACACCGGAACUUUUAAGCUCGGACUUGUAAUAAGUGUGAAUUGUGUAGUUUUUCACAAUGAAGAUCAUUCUCUUGACGGCCGCUCUUCUCAUGGCGGAGGCAAUUUGGGCGGCUGGGAGUGAGACAACGCCGCCUGUGGAGAUCGUGACGCCACAGACAAUGCGAAGUCAGGUCACGCCAAGAACUCCAGACGCCAGAACGAGAAACCAGAGCUCACCUGCCUCUGGGCCCAGUGAUUCGAUGGAUUAUUGGGAAAAUGACGACUUCGUGCCAUUCGAAGGUGCCUACAAAGAUAUCGGUGACUUCGACUGGAACCUCUCGAAAAUCGUCUUUGAGGAAAACAAAGGCAAUGCUAUCUUGUCGCCGUUCUCCGUAAAGCUGCUAAUGAGUUUGCUGUCCGAAGCCAGCGCGCCAGGUACCCUGACUCAGCACCAGCUCAGGAUCGCCACGCCGACCAUCGCCACCCACUACGACCUGCGGGAGUUCUACAAGACCAUCUUUAACGGCCUCAGAAAAAAGAGCAGCGACUACACCGUGAAGUUCGGCACCAGAGUCUACGUGGAUCAGUUCAUCACUCCUCGCCAGAGAUACGCUGCCAUCCUGGAGAAGCACUACUACACUGAGCUGAAGCAGGAGGACUUCUCGAAGGCGCGCGAAACCGCCGAGAAGAUCAACAGUUGGGUGUCCAAUGUGACGGACGAUCAUAUCAAGGAUCUGGUGAAGGAGGACGACAUCCAGCACUCUGUCAUGCUUCUGCUCAACGCCGUGUACUUCCGGGGAUUGUGGCGGAAGCCAUUCAAUCGGACCAUCCAGCUUCCCUUCCACUUGUCGCUGAACGAGUCCAAGACCACUGACUUUGUCCUGGCCGACGGACUGUAUUACUUCUACGAAUCCAAGGAAUUGGACGCCAAGAUCCUCAGGAUUCCCUACAAAGGCAAACAAUACGCAAUGACGGUGAUCCUGCCCAACUCCAAGAGCGGCAUUGAGAACUUUGUCCGCCAGAUUGACACUGUCCUUCUGCACAGGAUCAAGUGGCUGAUGGAUGAGGUCGAGUGCAGAGUUAUCCUGCCCAAGUUCCACUUUGAUUUGACCACUCAACUCAAGGAACCACUGAUGAAGAUGGGCAUCGGACAAAUCUUCACGUCGGAUGCCUCCCUGCCCUCGCUGGCCAGAGGACAAGGUCUCCAGAAUCGCCUGCAAGUGUCCAAUGUGAUCCAGAAGGCGGGCAUAAUUGUGGACGAGAAGGGCAGCACUGCAUUUGCCGCCACCGAAGUGAGCCUAGUCAAUAAGUUUGGCGAUGAUGACUUUGUCAUCUUCAACGCCAAUCAUCCCUUCCUGUUUGCCAUCGAGGACGAGACUACCGGAGCCAUUCUCUUCACUGGAAAAGUGAUGGAUCCCACUUUGUAAGCUCCGCAAGUGCAUUUCACACACACACCCACACACACAGUUUUUCUUCGCGUCCACCACUGAAGAGUGCUCCUCAACUAUCAAUUGUGAUUCUCGGCCACACACAACAGCUGUACUUUCUUUUUAUACAAUAAAUAAGGACAUUAUGUGAGA